AAGGGCGGGGCUUUGGCCUUAGAGGAAGAGCGCUUGCUGGUAAGGAGGAGCAGGUCCAGCUCUCACCCCUAAUCAGGCCUGCGUCCCUUCUCUUCUUCCUUCCACUUCGCUUUGCGCCCUCUGUGGCUGCGGGGCGGGGUUUCGCGGCAGCCGUACCAGUGAUAGCAAGAGACGGGAGGACAUGAGAGAUUGGGCUACGUACUACGUAAUGCACUUCCUGGUAGAGCGUUUAUUCUAGAGUGAGACUGGCAGACAUUUCAAGAUGGCCAAAGAAGAGCCCCCAAGUGUCUCCAGAGACUUACAGGAGCUGCAAAGGAAGCUGGGUUUGCUGUUAGAGUCUUUCCUGAAUAACUCAAAGGUGGUUGCCUUUAUGAAGUCUCCGGUGGGCCGGUUCCUGGACAGACAUCCUUUUGUGGCUCUCACUGUGCUGAUGUUUGUUACCAUGUCAGCCAUCCCUGUUGGCUUCUUCCUGCUCAUCGUGGUACUCACCUCGCUGGGUGCUCUCAUGGGGGCCAUAUUACUGGAAGGUCUGGUCAUCUCAGUUUGUGGUCUCUCACUUCUCUUCGUCCUCUGUGGCCUGGGCUUCCUGUCACUUGCCUUGUCGGGGAUAGCCAUGAUGUCCUAUGUGGUGGUCUCCUGCCUCAUGAGCUACUGGUUUUCUCCCAGCAGGCCACUGACACAGCAAAAUGCCAACAUCGACUGUCAGCUGGCUAUGAAGUUCACGGAGGCUGAGAGGCUCGGACUUUGAGGGGCACGACCAGGAAUGACGGGCCAAAUAGAAUCAAAGAUUGCUUCCUAAGCAUCCAGAGGAGAACUUGUCCCCUCACCUCUCGGGACUGCGGUGCAGAGAGAGGGCUGGAUGGGAACCCUGCUUCUCCGCUCACUCUGUCCAGACUCCUGCACUGGCCAGGGUGGCCUCCCCACCCCUCACAGCUCCCCAAUAUGCAGCCUUGACCUUAGCAGAGUGGUGGGCUUCUAGAACUAGGAAGCUUGGCCUUUAGAGCCUUGGGGUUGAGUCCCAGCGCCCAUCUGCGGGUAAGGUAGAUUGUAUUUGAAGUUUAGUUGCAGUUUGGGGGCAGGGCAGGAAUGAAGAGGAGGGUUUUUUCCUCAAUCAUUUGAAAUAAGAGGUUAAAAAAAUAAUCCAAAGAGAGCCAGCUCUUACUCGUUUUUUAUCAGAAGAGCAUCAGCAUUUGGAAAUCGUGGCCUUUUAAAACUUGAAAAUCUGCCUUAACCCUGGAGCCAGGAGUCCUUUAGGAAAAGUCUCAAGGCCUAGUCUAUUGCGUGCCUUCAUCUUUGACAUAUUUGCACUUGAUAUGUUAAUGUUGUUUAAAGAGCUUGCUUCUGCCAAGCCAUUUCUUAACAAACCAAUAAAACCGAACUCAUACUGAGGAGAGACCACAAAGCCAACCAAAGCCUGUGUGGUGAGUUCCACUUGAUUUUCUGUGGCAUUUUAUUAAAAUUUAUUUGCUU